AGUACUACAUAAACUUUGUCUUCAUUUAGGCAUUCAUCCAACAACUUCAAACAUGGCUCCCAUGCGCCUCCUUGCCCUGUCCGCUUUGCUUUGUUUGUCAUCACUAGUGAUGGUAUCCGGGAGCGAGUACCGCACUUAUAGUCCAUCUCCUUCUGAUGAAAAUGUAUCAUACAAUCCAUCUCCAGUUUACGAGACUCCAUCUCCAGUGUAUGAGAGUCCAUCAUACACUCCCUCUUCCGAGUAUGAGACACCAUCAUACACUCCAACCCCAGUCUAUAGCUCAUCGCCUGUAUAUGAAACUCCAUCAUAUACCCCAACCCCAACUUACAACCCUUCUCCUAAAUACGAGACCCCAUCAUACCCACAAACCCCAGUCUACAGUCCAUCUCCUAAAUACGAGACUCCAUCAUACACCCCAACCCCAUCUUACACCGCUUCACCCGAGUAUGAGACUCCAUCAUACACACAAACCCCAAUCUACAAUCCAUCUCCUAAGUACGAGACCCCAUCUUACACCCCUUCUCCCAAGUACGAGACUCCAUCAUACACACAAACCCCCGUCUACAGCCCAUCUCCUAAGUAUGAGACCCCAUCAUACACUCCAACCCCAUCUUACAGCCCUUCUCCCAAGUACGAGACGCCAUCAUACACAAAAACCCCAGCCUACAACCCAUCUCCUAAAUACGAGACCCCAUCAUACACCCCAACCACAUCUUACAACCCUUCUCCCAAAUAUGAGACUCCAUCAUACACAAAAACCCCGGUCUACAGUCCAUCUCCUAAAUACGAGACUCCAUCAUACACCCCAACCCCAUCUUACAGCCCUUCUCCUAAGUAUGACACCCCAUCAUACACAAAAACUCCAGUCUAUAGUCCAUCUCCUAAGUACGAGACCCCAUCAUACACCCCAACCACAUCUUACAGCCCUUCUCCCAAGUACGAGACCCCAUCAUACACAAAAACCCCAGUCUACAGUCCAUCUCCUAAAUACGAAAAUCCAACAUACACCAAAACUCCAGUCUACAAGCCAUCUCCUAAGUACGAGACUCCAUCAUACACCAAAACUCCAACAUACAGUCCAUCACCUAAAUAUGAGACUCCAUACUACCCAAACAAUGUUUACAAACCAUCAUACACCCCAACUCCAGCUUACACUCCAUCUUCUGAUUACAAGAGCCCAUCAUACGUUCCAACAUAUGGACACACACACUACUACGCUAAACACAAGGUCUUGCCGACUAUCUAUGGUGUGCAAGGUGUCAUCUUUUGUCAUUCAUGCUAUGAUUUCAAACCAAUUGAAGGAGCUGUAGCCAAAAUUUCUUGUGAAGCAAAGAGCAAGGAUGGAUACAAGGGAGAAAAAUUCUCCAUGUUGACUCCUAAAACGGACAAGAAAGGUUACUUCUUAGCUACAUUUACUCCAGAACAACUUGGUGACUAUUUGAAACCAACAGAUUGCAAAGUUUAUCUUGAAAGCUCUCCAUCAUACACUUGCAAUAUUGCUACCAAUGUGAACCUAGGACUUUCUGGUGCUCAGCUCACUUAUUCACAACAUGUUGCCGAGUACAAGAAACAAUACACCAUGGAGUUGUACUCUAUUCCACUUUUUGCUUACACAUCAAGUGCAAAAUGUGAAUACAAGCCCAAACUAAGUUAUACCCCAAAAUCAAGCUAUAAGGCUCCAUCAUAUACCCCAUCAGCCUACACUGUAAAAUCAAGCUACGAAACUCCAUCAUACACUCCAUCAACUUACACUCCAGAAGCAGCUUACAAGGCUCUACCAUGCACCACACCAACCUACACUCCAGAAUCCGAAGAGGCUCCAGAAUACGUCAAGGAAACCUAUGUUCCAAGUUAUGAAACUCCAUCAUACACUCCAAAAUCAAGUUAUGUCGCUCCAAGCUAUGUUCCAAAAUCAGAGGACAAAACCCCGGCCGGCGUCGAUUAUGGAUACUAAGAUUAAAAAUACUAUGCUUCUUUUUUUGAUAAAAGGAUUAUGUUCGAUUUGAAACUUUUUCCAUCAUAUGCUACCUGACUACCUCUUAUAAUCAUAUAUAUUUGAUUACAAUACAAGUUUAAUGAGAUGGCCGCUACCAUUGUGCCAUUUGUAUUAAUUGAAGGUUGGUUAUGCUAUUAAUUGGUUGAUGAAAGACUCUACACAUA